AGACAGCGCUGCCGCAGCCUUGUUAGAAUUUUCCCGGGCUGCCAAGGAGCCAUAGUCAGAUGGCUGGGGAUGACCUAUUGCAAGCCUUGCUGGUGGCCAACGAUCGUAGCCUACCACUGAUCCUGGAUGAAGACCUUUUGGAGCAGUGGCGGCGUUCACCUCAACGCCUCAGCUGGAUCUUGUCGCAGCUGGCGAAAGCGCAGCGGAUUUCCAGAUGUCAACAGCUGCUUCAGCUGGUGCGGCGUCACCUGGAGGUGAACAGCGUACACUUCAACUGCGUUCUCAGCGCCUGCGCGAGGAACGGGGACUGGCCCUCCGCCUUCGCCUUGCUGUCGCAGAUGGAUCAGCUGGAGGUGGCCAGCGACAUGAUCUCCUUCAGCCUGAGCGUCCAAGCCUGCGACAGCUGGGCCUUAGCACUGCUGCUGCUGCGCUGGGCCGAAGGGCGGCAGAUGCAGCUGGACACCAUCGCCAUGAACACCCUGCUGGGCCGCUGCGCCAAAGAUGGCCGUUGGGAUGCCGCCCUGGAGCUGGUGCAACGGAUGAGGCAACGCGAGGUGUGCCAAGAUACCAUCACCUACAACAUUUGCAUAAGUGCGUGUGGGAAGGCCAGUCGUUGGAUCGAAGCCGUACAGUUGCUCCAGGAGGACAUGCGAGGCCAGUCUCUGGCAGCGGACGGCAUCUCGUACAAUGCCGCCAUCAGCGCGUGUGCUGAUGGCCAGAAUUGGUUCCAGAUUCUCAAGCUCCUGGAGGAGAUGCGCCAAAGCUCCGUGCAGAAGGAUGGCAUUACCUAUGCCGCAGCCAUCUCUGGCAUGGAUCACUGGCAACUGGCAUUGGCUUUGUUUGAGCAAAUGCAGCGCGAGUCCAUCCAGAGAGAUCAUGUGUCAUACAACGCGGCCAUAGCUGCCUGCGGUUGGCGCGAGGCGGUGGCAUUACUCAGUGAACAUCACAAGCCCGAUGCCGCCAGCUUUGGCGCCUGCAUCAGUGCCUGUGAGAAGAGUGGCGAAUGGCAAGCCGCCAUCUUUUUGUUGGCUUGCAUGUCAGCAGCGCUGGUGCCAAUGACAGCUGUGACCGUGGCAGCGGCAAUCAGUGCCUGUGAAAAGUGUGUCCAAUGGACCAUGGCGCUACAGAUUUUCGCUGAGGCAGCGACGACGAUGCAGCUGGAUGUCGUGUCAUACAAUGCUGCCAUCGCGGCCUGCGAGAAAGGCAGCUGCUGGGAAGCUGCUUUGACUUUCAUGAGGAGGCUUCCUACAGCAUCUUUUCAAGCUACGGCUGUCACAUUCAGCUCCGUGAUCAGUUCCUGCGCCAAAUCCAGCCGCUGGCGUGAAGUGAUGGAGCUCCUUGGGAAGGCACCAAUCUGGGAACCUGUAUCUUGUGGUGCAGCCAUGCGCUCGUGUGUCCAUGAUUGGGCCAAAGUGUUGCAGCUGUAUCACGAGAUGACCUUUGCGCUGGUGUACAAGGAUGCAGACAUCUACUCCACUGCUACAACUGCCUGCGCCCGUGCGGGGCAAGUUGGGCAGAUGCAUGCGCUGCUGGCGGAAUUGGAGAGUGUGGCCUUGAACGAGUUGAAAAGGGUGUUCCGGAACCGCAGCUUGCCCCUGAAGAUGUUCUUUGAUUUCCUCCAAAAAACCGAUGCUUAUGUAGCCGCCAUGUCGCAUGGCCGUGCAGCGCCCGGGCGCUGCCCGCACUGCCCGGCCGCCUGCGCGGGGCGGCGCCGACCUGCGCCUGGCAUCGCAAGUUGGCCCGAAGCCUUGGCGUUCCUAACCUCCCCGGGCGCCUUGCCGUUGGACGUUUACGCCUUGGGCGCCAUCGUUCGUGCCUGCGAGCAGCAAGGGCAAUGGCUGGCGGCUUUGGGAGCCAUCGAGGUGGCGCGGCAAUGGUCCGUUCAGGCAAAUGUUGUGGUCUGCAACACUGCGAUCAGUGCCUGUGCCAAAGGGCAGCAAUGGCAAUGGGCCUUGGAGCUACUGCAGGGCAUGACGCUUCAAGGAGUGCAGGCCGAUGUCAUCAGCUACAGCAGCCUGGUCAGCGGCUACGCACAAGCACGGCACUGGGCGGAUGCACUCGAGGUGGGGUCUCGUCGCAUGGCUGAAGAGCCAUCCUUACCAUCACCUAAUGGCAUGACCUUUAGUGCUGCCAUCAGCGCGUGUUGUGAAGAGCAAACCUGGCCGUGGGCGUUAGGAUUGUUGGAGGACAUGCAGAUUCGGGGAAGCUCGGUGGUAGUCCAAACAGCCAUCCUAAGCGCCUUGAGCUUCGGUGGCCACUGGGAAAUUUCCCUACAACUUGCAGCAACCCUCAGCCGCCAGCAGCCCUUGACCCUUACAACGACCAACGUCCUGGCCACUGCGCUGCAACGCUGUGCCCAGUGGUCCUUGGUCUUAGUCUUGCUCCAGCAGAUGGAGCAGGGCCAAGGUUUGGCCCAAAACUGCACAGCUGAUGGCAUCACCUAUGCUGCAGCCAUCGCGGCCUGUGGUGCCGGUGGACGCUGGCAGGAUGCCUUGGAGCUGUGGAUCAAAGGUCCACAGAACGCCAUCCUGCUGAAUGUGGCCAUCAGUGCUUGCGGGGACAACCUGCACUGGCGUGGGGCCUUGCAGCUGUUGUCCAAUGAGCUUUCUGACACCGUCUCCUACAAUUCGGCCAUCACAGCUUGCGGCAAUGCAGGGCGCUGGCAACAUGCACUGGCGCUGUUUGAUGAGAUGCCACGAAAGGUUUCAGUCGACCUGGUGACCUACAACGCCCUCAUCUCAGCCAUGUCCCCGGCGCGGCAGUGGCUGCGCGCGCUAGCGCUGCUGGCGCUCGCAGCAUCCGCGACGGCGCCGGCGCUGCGGCCCAACGCGGUGACGUACAACGCAGCGGUGGCGGCGAUGGAGCCGUGGAGGCAUGGCCUUGCAGUUGUGGGUGGCGCCCUGGUUGCCUCCGUACAAGUGGAUGAGAUUGGAAUGGCCGCGGCCAUUAGCGUUUGUGAACGAGGCCAUGUGUGGCAGCAGCCCCUCGGCUGA